GUAGAGGUGUAAUUGCGCAUGGCUACGAAUGUUGAGGUGUGAUUAUGCAUGGCCACGGAUGGCCAACAAACACAAUGGGCGGGGUUACGGCCGUACACAAGGGUGGCGCUAGCACCGACGUCCGCAUGUGUAUCCCCCACGGGCCCCCCCUCGGGGGCGAGUCCUAUAAAAGGUGAUGAGCUCGAGGGCUCGAGGUCGGGACUCAGCUUUAACCAGAGAAGACGGAAGACCAGCUAGUGUAGGCCCCAGAGCUCCCCUGGCUCGCUGUCCUUAUAAGGGCCGACCAGGGCAAGCCGGUGGCGUGGCCCCGAGAGCCCAGACGAAGCUGGUCUGGUGACUCAGGGAGCCGGGAUCCCAGCUUAACCAAGCUGGGACAGAUAGCCUCCCCUAGUCCCGUAGUGGAGGAAUUGGUAUAGGUUAGAGGGGUUAGCUGUCGAGAAUCCCUGUAGCCAAGUGACCUGUACAACUGUGUUGGUGUAAUAAAUAAGUGUGCCUCCGAUCCUGUCGUCAAGCCUCCAUAUAUACUUACUACAUCUGGUGUCAGAAGUAAACGUCCAACGAUGGACACACGAGGGACGACACGUACCAGGGAGUCGGAGAUGGAAGACGCCGCGGCCGAAUCUCCACCAGUGAUGGCCGGGGUCGAAUCGGAGCAGCCGGGGCCGAGUACGCCCGCGCCGCUACGACAGGUGGAGGGGGAUGCGUCGGCCGAAGGACUCCGGCUGGCCCACUCCCGCCUGGCGGACCUGCUCUACGCCGCGGCCGCCGCGUUGGAGGAGAUCAUGCGGCUGGGGGCUGGAGGAGCAGCGCGGGUCGACGACGGCAGCCGGCGCGGGGCGACGUUUCCCGCCACCCCGACGCGGCUCGCGGUCAAAUUUCCCGCCAUCUCUACAGUACGAGCGGAGGGCGGGGCCGGCCCGCGUCACGUGUCUGCUGAGCGCCAAGCACAAGCCGUGACAUCAUCAACGCCGGCCGGCGCGUCAACAUCAGAGCGACCGGCGAUGCCAUGUGCACGGCCCGCCCACACUGUAUCAUCGGCGGGGAGCGACGGAGAGCGUUCUGCGGCCACGGACGCCGCCUUACAACAGCGUCUGCCGCCUCUUAAAGAAUUUGUCGGCGCUGACGGAGACUGGGGCGGCUUCAAGAGGCGGUUCAUCGCUCAUCAAGAGAUGGCGAACUGGUCGGACGCCGAGGCUCUACGCGCGCUGCCAGCGAUGCUGGACAACGACGCCCUGGCUACCCUCACCUCGGCGCCGAGGGAAAAGCGCGCCACUCUACACCUGGCGUUGCAGCUGCUGUCAGCCGUCUAUGGGCCGCCUUCGGACUGCAGGCAGCUGUUCCACGAUCGGAGUCGGGGCGCCAACGAGUCACCCCUGGCCUUCCGGACGGCUCUCCUGGCUCUGGCAAAGGCUGCUUUCCCAAGGAUGGACGAGGAAGGAGUGGAUGCCAUGGUGGCUGAGAAGCUGCUGCUACUCGCUGACGAGCUGGACGUCAACGUCUUGGCUCAGGACGACGCGGAGAUGUCGUCCCUGCUGGUCGCGCGCCACAUCCACGGGGGCUUGCGGUCCCUGCGUCGGAAGGCGGCAAAGGGGGCGGCCGGCCAUGCCAUGGCGACCACCGCCCUCCCAUCAGUGGAGGUCUGCGGGGUGGAGCGGCGAGGGGAAUGGAGAUCGGCGGCACCGCAGGCUCGGAAUGGACCGAGCCGCCAGGAGCAGCCCAGGUCAUCUGGGGCGCUCACACGCUGCUACAACUGUGGCCUGCAAGGCCACGUUGCGUCUGGAUGCCGGGCUCCCCGUCAGCGCGGGGCGACACCUCGUCAGGACGCCACGCCGUCUCCUCCCAAGCUCCAGCAGAGAAAUACGGUGAAACAGGAGUGACGGGUCCACACCCACCAACCCCUCCCGGAGGGGUCGGGGGUCACUCGGCAGCGACGCCUGACUCUCUUGCACCCGGACCGUCAACAACCGUCACUGAGCGUGCCAGGACGGGCCCUUGUGAUGGGCCCGCCGCGCGGACGCGCGCCAAAACGCGCAGACUAUUGUGAGGUCGGCCGUUGGGGGGCCUUGCGGACAAUGGGAGGGGUGGCGUCCGGAGUGUGUGUAUAUAUGUUGGUUUUGGGGUAUUUAUUCGGGGGGGGUGCGUC